GAUUAUAUUGUAAUGUAGUUUUUAAUAGCUAUUUUAAAACUGCUUUUCAUGUAGGCCUGAAGAAUAUGUUGGAGAUAUUGCAAAUGAAGCCUGGUACAAAGGAUGAGUGUCUUUGUACUCUGAAAGAAGGUCACUUGAUGGCUAUUUCACCAGGAGGAAUGCGAGAAGCCCUCUUCAGUGAUGAAAACUAUAAAAUGAUAUGGGGCAAACGAAAAGGUUUCGCUCAGAUUGCUCUAGAUGCAAAAGUGCCAAUAAUUCCAGUGUUUACGCAAAAUGCUCGUGAAGGGUACAGGACCAGUGGAAAAAUAGGAGCAUUGAGAAAACUAUAUGAAUCUUUUCGAAUGCCAGUUCUUUUAAUAUACGGUGGAUGGCCAGUUAAAUGGCGUACAUACAUAGGAGAGCCUAUUCCAUAUGACCCAGAUAUAACUGUUGAAGACCUGGCCAAAAAGGCAAAGUUUGCUCUACAGCAUUUAAUAGACAAACAUCAAAGGAAGCCGGGAUGCAUAUUAAGAGCUCUGCUGGAAAGAUUUUAUAAUCCUAACCAUGCAAAGGAUGUCUGAUUACCUUGAAUAUACUAUGUGGCAAGAUCUGCUGCAUUAUUUAAACACUAAAUCAAUUUCUACCGCCUUGCUGUUAGAAAUGGGAAGAAGCAACAUUAGUGUUGUUGAGCCACGGCACUCCGCUCUCCAAAUUAAUUUGGAUCUUUAAAAGACUUCAAGCAAGAUAUAUGAUUUGCUCUGUAUUUUUUAAACCUUUUGAAGUUUUGCUCUUUCGAAGUUCUGCUGUAGUGAAACUGCUGGAGGCUCUGGGAGGACCCUGCAGUAACUGUACCUUGCACUAUGUUGAAAUCAAAUCCUUUAAUAAAUUCAUUAAGUUAUA